CCGGAAGUGCGCGAACAGCUUCGAGGCUUGGGUCUCUACAGGAAAGAAGCCACCUCUCUCCACAGCCACGUGGAGUCCAGGGCGGGGGUCCGUUAGGAGAGAAGAGGGAUAUCAUGGACCCUCGGGGUCCAGCCCCUCAGCCUUUCCAGCAGCUUGAGAAACCUGGUCGAAUUCGCCGUCGCAAGACCAGGAGGGAGCGAAAUAAGGCCCUGGUGAGCAGCCACAGGCCAUUGGCCCGUCAGGAUCCUCCCAUAUCCAGCCGGGAUCCAUGUGUGAUCCUCCAGGAACCUGCAGCCUCCACAGCCCCCAAGCUUGUUGUGAUAACUCAGGGCAGGUUGAGCCGGGAGCACAGGGGUCUCUUCAACCAUGAGGUGAAGUCCUUGGAUGUGGCCCGGCUGCUUAACAGGGGCUCCUUGGAAUCAUGUACCCCUCUGCUACCAAUCAAGUCCUCCUGCAGCCCAGUCAGAGUUCAAGAACCAGACCUUCAGUCAAAAGGCAAGGAGAACAAGGUACCAGGAGGCUCAGGCCCAGGCCCACCAAAUUCCCCAGAUCUCCCUGUGUUGGGGCAACUGCUAGAGGAGCUGCAGUGCCAGCUGGUUGUGCCACAAGCCUUCCCCAGGAGGAACCUAGUGCAGGAGGCCAGAGACACCAUCAUAAGAACCUUACAGGGCUGCCAUGGCUGUGUGCCUGAUCUUGCCCUGGUGCUCCGAGGUUGCCAGCUACCCUUGCCUGCCAAGCGGAGGGCCCCUGAGAGACAGAGGAUGGCACCUUCUUGUAUCAACGCUCCUGAGCAUGCUCCACGGGAGGGGAGGCAAAGGACUCAGCAGGCGACAAAGGGGUGCAACUUUGCCCUGCCGCAUACUUGCAGCAGCAUCACCCCUGCACACAGGGUCAGCCAGGUGCAGCCUCCAGAUCGCCAACUGCCAUUCCUGUCCUCAGCAUCUUCACCAUCUGGAGCAGCUUGGGGUCCUCCAACAGCUUUUGAUAUGCUGAAAAGCAUCUGGCUCAUAGCCACACCACCCCCUCCCCAGCCCUGGGAUGUCUGCCCACCUCAGCCCCUACCUCAGCCAUCCUUACCCUUGUUACCCAGAACAUCUGCCUUGGACUGGAGCCCCAACCCUCCUGCCCCACUGCCCAGUCUCUCCUGGGUGGUGACUCAGAGCAGUCCAGAGGCUUGGUCCUUCCCCCCAAUGAGACUGUACUGAGGAGACUAGGUAGGGCUGGGGGCAGGUAUCCCACACUCCCAGUCACCUCAAUAAAACACCUUCUUGGUCCUCUUGA